AUGAAAAACCAUACAACAGUGACAGUGUUUAUUUUAGCAGGAUUGACAGAGGACCCCAAAUUGAAGAUUGUGCUGUUUAUCUUCCUUCUUCUUACCUACUUGCUGAGCAUCUCAGGCAACCUGAUUAUCAUUACCCUUACCCUGUUGGAUUCUCAUCUCAAGACCCCGAUGUAUUUCUUUCUUCGAAAUUUUUCCUUCUUAGAAAUUUCAUAUACAACAGUCUGUAUCCCCAAGUUGCUUGUUAGCAUGGCAACUGGUGACAGAACCAUUUCCUACAACUGUUGUGCAACUCAGUUAUUUUUUGCUUUCCUCCUUGGUGCAUCUGAAUUUUAUCUUCUGGCUGUCAUGUCCUAUGAUCGCUAUGUAGCCAUCUGUAAGCCUCUGCAUUACACCACUAUCAUGAGCACCAAAAUCUGUAUUCAGCUGGUGAUUGGCUCUUGGAUUGCUGGUUUCCUCAUUAUUUUUCCAGGCCUCAUUUUAGGUCUAAGCCUAGAUUUCUGUGACUCCAAUAUCAUUGAUCAUUUCUACUGUGACACUGCUCCUCUACUGCAAAUCUCCUGCACAGAUACGCAUCUGCUGGAAAUGAUGAGCUUCAUCUUAGCUUUGAUGACACUCCUGAUCACUUUGGCAUUAGUGAUUCUAUCAUACACAUAUAUUGCUCUAACAAUUUUAAAAAUCCCUUCUGCCACUCAGAGAAAAAAGGCUUUUUCCACUUGUUCUUCCCACAUGAUUGUCCUCUCCCUCUCCUAUGGCAGCUGCAUCUUUAUGUAUAUUAAACCCUCAGCCAAAGAGAGAAUAUCCUUAACAAAAGGAGUUUCAGUACUCAAUACUUCAGUUGCCCCACUUUUGAAUCCUUUCAUUUAUACUCUAAGGAACCAGCAGGUGAAGCAAGCAUUUAAGGACCUGCUACAAAGAGUUCUGGCUUUAUCUAAGAAGUAG